UCUGCUGGUUGUGUUCUUGCAACCAUCAGCAGCAGAUAUACAGCGAUCAUAAGAAAAGUGCUAAGUGAAAAAAAGGUAACCGCAGAAAAACCAAAAAAGUUCUAUCCCGAAGCUCGGGUAACGUGUAACGUUGUAAACUGCGCAUUCUAUACACCCGAAAAACCCGUUUGAAUGUCGCAGCGUCGCGCGGUACGUGCUCCGAUUGGCAAAUAAUCGACACCAAAGUUGGUCACUAUCGACGGAGAAGGUCAGAAAGUGUGCCCAAUUUUUCCUGAUUGCGCAGCACACGCACAGCGAAGAAUAGUGCAGAAAUUUUUGCUGGAGUUUGGUCGUCGUGAAGUCGCGAGAGAGACGUCGGCGACGAGAAGAAGAGGAAAACGCAUUGCCUUGCCUCUGGCCCAUUCAUUGCAGAAAAAGAAGCACUUCUAUUGUGCGUGUCGCCCGACGUCUGAUUUAUACCGUUGUAAACGCGAGCCUAGCUAAGCAGAAGAAAUCGAACGAAGAUGGAUCAUUUUUAAUUGUAAAUAUUUCUCCUACUAUACGAUGAUGGCUGGUUUUGUUUUUAGCUCGAGUGCCUGAGGUGUGUAGAUUUUGGAUCAAGACUGAGCAAUUGUAUAUAGGUAUAAAGUUAAGUUUGGCCUUGCAAAAAUUAGUAGAAGCGAAAAAGUUUAAAAAAUGGAAAAAGUGUGUUCCUCCACGUAUGGUCGUAGCUGAAACCUGGUUCCGCUGCUUUUCAAAAUUACGGAAUAUCGGCAGUCGACAGUGUGCAGCUCUACCGUCCCGGAGUAUAAGGCGGAAACCCUCACCUUGAAGGUCGACUCGCAACAUCGUUCACAAUUACGGCACGGAUUAACUGGUCCGUCUACGAGCGUGGGCUGUUCAGCAUAAUUUGGAUUUUUUCUUUGACCCCGCGCCGACAGCCAACGACGACACCGUCAACCGAAACGCCGGGCGUUGUUGAAUGAGCUCCCGUGGAUCCCACAGCAGAUAAUGGCAGAACAAUGUAUCGUCACCAUUAAGGAAGAGCAACAGCAUCACCAGUGCAACAGUCCACCCCUGGGGGUGGUUCUACAUGACUCAUCGACGGUGACCGGAAGUUCUCCGAUAACUAUCAUCACACCGACGGCCGGGACUGGUGCUACCGUGCUUCACCCCACGACAGCAUCCGGUUCGUCGACACCCACGCAAACGGGAACGAUCGGUUGCGAUGACCAGGAGGACGACGACGGCGAUGUGGACGGACGACGAGAGGAAGUCUACGAGUGGUUUUAUGUUGACAAACUAGCAAAUGUGGGCACGCAUCCACCUGGCGGCCAGAUCCAGCUGGAAACACCAGGGGCUGUUGAGGAGAAAAGCGGCGGUGGCGGAUUGAAUGUAGCGAAACCAAAGCGAUUGAGCGAUGAGUUCUACUCAGCAAAUGAUGAUUACGAUGAAGACGAAGACGAUGAAAUGGUUGGCCGAGGUGUAAAUAAUUGUAACAGUUUAGAUGAUAAGUGCAAAGAUGAGUUAAACGUAAGGAACCGUGGCGAUGCAGACUCGGAAGGACAUGCCAGUUUAAGUGAGAUUAAAAAUUUAAGUAUCACUAACAGUGGUACGGAGCAAAGUGAAGAUCAAUUCGAACGGGAUGAAAUUUCCAUUUCUGAUCAGAUCUAUAUCAACGAAGAAACAUCUUCUUGCAGUAGCGGGCAUCAACGUUCGGCAUCUGAUGAGGGAGAGGCAGCAGCAGCUGGUGGAGCUCAAGAAAUUCAAGAGCAUUCUCCACUGGCAGUGGAUCCACCGAUGGCGAUGGAACAAGGAGACGUAAUGGAAAACAAAAACGUUGUCGUUAGAGCAGAUCUUCUCAAUGAUGCACACGAUAAUAACGACAACGUUGAGGAUGAUGGCGAUGAGUUAGAUGAAGAUGUGCAAUCUAUCGAUGCAAUCGAACGUCGGGAAUUCGAACUGGAGCAAAAGCUGACUGGAGGAAUUAUAAUUAAAAAUAGCGCGUUUAAACCCGAUAGACUGAAUUUAGAGUUUAGAAGUAUAAGUAGUAUUAAUAGAAGUCGCGAGGAUGAACUGGCGCAGAAAUCUCAGGCCGAGCGCAAGAUUCAGCUUACGACAACGCCAACUAGCAGUAGACAGCACCUACAGAAAAGUGGCAGCAGUAGCGCAACUAAUUCUAAUAAUACUAGUAAUAGGGAACAAAACAGUAAUAGUACAACAAAGCCAGCGGCUAAGGUAAAUCUUUCAGCUAGUCUUGAGAGCUAUUGCGCUGAGUCUACAACGAUUGCAAUGGAUGUAACCGACGGUCCUUCCUGUUCGUCCUCAUUACCUUCGUCUGCGUCUUCUUCAGCUUCCAGUAGCAGCAAAGCGCUGCGCCAUUACCAGCAACAACAACUUGAUGCAUUUUCAAACAGCAACUCCAACGAUAGCCUUUCUUCAGACCGCUCCAUAUUUAUUCCAAACUUGCAGGCACUCAAAUCGAAAUCGACUGGCAAGGAGUGUUCUUCGGCACCGAACAAUAGCCCGGUUAACGAACCGUGCACAUCGUCGUCUUCGCCAUCACCUUCUUCUGCAAGUUCUGCCGGACCAUCGACAUCUUCCUCGUCUGCGGGAUCAACCAAACCCCCUUCAGAUUGCAGUUUAUCCUGUGCCACUUCGGUCAUCAAACAAACCGGAGAGUGCAGCAAGAAUAUCAAUCACAGUCCGAUUCCUUCAUCAAGUAGCAAUUCAACAUUGUUUUCGUUCAAUUGUCCCUUCAGUAGUGCUGACCGUGAAACAACCGAAGGUUGUAGUUCAGGACCAUCGACACUGGGAAGAUUUCCAUCCGCUUCGUCGAAUUUUGCGGACAACAUUACCGAUGAAGUUGAACCACAAAACUCUGCUCAUCGAAAUAAUCGCCAUGCCAACGAACGCAAUCGCGUAGAAGAUCCACUACUGGAACCAUCUCAAUUGUCUAUGCCAGCAGAGUUGGCUGCUGCAGUGGCUGCCGCUAACGCCAUCGAACACGAAUGCGACGAAGAUAACUGGGCCGACUGUGAGGAAGGUUCCGACGAAGAAAUCUGCACUUGUCGAGAUUACACUGACGACGAAGGACACGGCGGCGCUGGUGGGAUCGGAGGUGGUCACGCCAGCAGCGAAGACGAGCUACCGUCCAGAGACGUGGACCUGUCCAGUUAUACUCACAUGGAUGCCGCAGAGGACAUUUUGGUCCAUGAUCACUGUGGCAGCAGUAGCGCCGGUGGGACGACCACUGCCGCAGGUAGCAACGCACAAACGCCAAGACUACAUCGAAAGCGAAAACUGACAGAAAAUCGGCUACUUUUCGCCGGAAGCAAUGCCGGUUCUGCUGGUCGAUCCGUGGGGACCGGCGAAAUCGGUGCACUAGGCAACCAAUGCGAUGCCACCAGUUCCGAGUCGCUCAACUUUAGCAGCCGUAAAAGAUUAGCUUUAGAUAGUAACAGUUCGCCGAGAACGUCGUUACUCAGUCCGUCUACGCUAACUUCAACGCCAACUUCCUCAAUAUUGGGUGAGCGUAAAACUCCCCGCAGCAUCAUCCCAACCAAAGAUAAUCCUCCUCCAGAAUUAAACGAUUGGUUGCAACAAUUUCAACGAUGGACUCCGGUCGAACGUCUGGUGGCGGUAGACCGACUGAUCGAACAUUGCGAACCGACCCAGGUGCGAUACAUGAUGAAGGUUAUCGAGCCCCAGUUCCAACGAGACUUCAUCUCGCUACUGCCAAAAGAGCUAGCCCUGCAGGUGUUGUCCUAUCUGGAACCGAAGGAUCUGCUUCGUGCGGCUCAAACAUGCCAUAGCUGGCGCUUCCUGGCGGACGAUAAUCUUCUGUGGAAGGAAAAGUGCAAGGAAGCCGGCAUCGUGAUGGAAGCCUUCGGUGGCGACCGUCCGAAGCGGGGCCGCGCUGGUAAUAUGCCGCCGAUUUCGUCACCCUGGAAGGCAGCCUUCAUGCGUCAGCACAUCAUCGAGAUGAACUGGCGCUCAAGACCGAUCCGUACGGCCAAAGUGCUGAAGGGUCACGACGACCACGUUAUCACGUGCCUUCAGUUCUGCGGCAACCGAAUCGUGUCCGGUUCCGAUGACAAUACGCUAAAAGUGUGGUCAGCAAUCACCGGGAAGUGCCUUCGAACACUGGUUGGUCACACCGGUGGAGUCUGGUCGUCACAGAUGUCUGGAAACAUAAUCAUUUCAGGCAGUACCGAUCGCACAUUGAAGGUAUGGAAUGCUGAAACUGGACAAUUGCUGCACACUCUCUACGGUCACACAUCGACCGUUCGCUGUAUGCAUUUACAUGGAAAUAAGGUCGUUAGCGGUUCCCGUGAUGCAACCCUACGAGUGUGGGAUGUAAACGAGGGCACCUGCCUGCACGUACUCGUCGGUCAUUUAGCGGCUGUUCGCUGCGUGCAAUACGAUGGUAGGCUGGUGGUUUCCGGAGCCUACGACUACAUGGUUAAGGUGUGGAAUCCCGAGCGGCAAGAGUGUUUGCAUACGCUUCAAGGUCACACCAAUCGAGUUUAUUCUCUGCAGUUCGAUGGUAUCCACGUUGUCUCCGGUUCGCUGGAUACCUCAAUUCGCGUGUGGGAUGCGGAAACAGGUAGCUGCAAGCACGCAUUAAUGGGUCACCAAAGUUUGACGUCUGGCAUGGAACUGAGGCAAAACAUACUUGUAUCGGGAAAUGCUGACUCGACGGUCAAGGUUUGGGACAUUAUUACCGGACAAUGUUUACAAACAUUAUCGGGACCCAACAAACAUCAAUCUGCCGUAACCUGUUUGCAGUUCAAUUCCCGCUUUGUUAUUACCAGCUCCGACGACGGAACCGUCAAGCUGUGGGACGUUAAGACUGGCGAGUUUAUUCGUAACCUGGUAGCGCUAGAAUCCGGUGGAUCUGGUGGUGUCGUAUGGCGAAUCAGAGCAAACGACACCAAGCUGAUUUGCGCCGUAGGUUCGCGCAACGGUACGGAAGAAACCAAACUAAUGGUACUCGAUUUUGAUGUGGAAGGUGCCUGCUUGAAAUGCUCAUAAGUUUGAAUAAGUAUACUCUCAAUACUGUCUCUAAGAACUACCACCACCACCCCCGCACUCCAACUUAUUUUCUCGGUGCGACCACCUGCUGUCGAAAAGUCCCACAAUACAAGAAAAACGAUAACACGCUAUAUUUCCCAACUCCUGUUGAAAACUAUUGUUCAACCGAAUCGGUGGUACGUCAAUUUUGAGACAAUUGCACAGUUAGUUUGUAAUCACCGUAAGGUAAGAGGUAGAUAACCUGUAACGAUACAAAUAUUAGGACGUACGUCCCCGGGUAGGGACCGAGCGGAGCCAGCGGGGUAAAUAUUACUGUUAGAAAGGAAAUGCUUGAAACGCGUAACCGCCGAUAUCGUUUAGGUCGAAACCGGAGAAGAUAUAUACACCUAGAACAGUGCAUACAUCCUGCCGUACUGCUUUUUAUGAUGUCGAUGGCAUAUGUUUUUUUAAGAAUACUGUUGAAAUUUGUUUCUCUGUUGAGUUGAACAGUAUGCUUGUUUCUUUUUUAUUAACUUUACCACUAUGAUUUUGCUGUGAAAGGGAUGCAUCAGUUAUAUUUCGUUAUCCGUUUACAAUUGUUUAUCAUCGUGCGAUUUAAAGUUUUACAACCGAAAAGGGCACAACAAGAAUUGACAUUUUUACAGGACGCGAAAUAUCUUCUCCGUAUUGAUUCGAACUAACCGAUGGGACAAAUGCUUUAAUCAAUACAAAUAAAACGGAAUGGCUUUUGCUUUAGUUUAUAGUUGGAUCGAUCCUCAAUGUUGUAGGAGCGACGAAAAAAAAAACACAUCGAUUGAACUGGCAGGCGCAAGCUUUCCACCUUAUAAUCGGCUAAUAGUCUAGCAGUGUUUUGUGCGCUGAUGAAAUCCAACAAAAUCACAACUUAUCACACACAUAAUUUACGAAACACUCAAAUUCAAAUAGCUGAACAACAAAGUUAGGAAAAACGGAACACACAACAAAAGGAAACCGUUUUUGUCAAAUACACA